AAAUUCACAUUUAUAGUGUAUUAUACAUUUAAGAAAGGAAAUUUUGGUAUAAGUUGACUCUUGAUCUUCACAAAAUUACCUGCGAGAACAAAAUGGCUGAAGAAUUGAAGCUUUUCAGGACAUGGUCGAGUCCAUUUGCUUUGAGGAUCGUACAUGCACUCAAGAUUAAGGGCUUAGAAUAUGAGACCAUUUUCGAAGAUCUCAGCAACAAGAGUGAUUCACUCCUGCAGUAUAAUCCCAUUCACAAGAAGGUUCCUGUACUUGUGCACAACGGUAAGCCAAUCUGUGAAUCACUUGUAAUUCUCGAGUAUGUUGACGAGACAUGGAAACAAUGUCCUCUUUUGCCAAGAGAUCCGUACGAGAAAGCCAAAGCACGAUUCUGGGCAAAGUUUGGAGAUGAUAAGCUUUUUUCAUCAAUAUGGAAUGUUUUUACUACUCAAGGAAAAGAGCAAGAAGAGCCUAUUGCUGCAGCUGUCCAGAACCUGAAACCCAUUGAAGAGUUGCUGAAAGAAAAGAAAUUCUUCGGGGGAGAGACAAUCGGAUAUCUUGACAUUGCCUUUGGUUGGACGGCUAAUAUAAUCAGCAUCCUGGAAGAGAUAAUGAAUCUGAACUUGGUUGAUGAAGAGAAAUUUCCACUGCUAUCAGCAUGGAUGCAGAACUUCUCCAAUGAUCCAGUAAUCAAAGAAUGCUGGCCGCCACGAGAUAAGAUGAUUGUGAAAUUUCAAGUCAUGCGUGAAAAAUAUCUUAAAGCAGUUGUAUCUCAAUGAAUCAUGUACCUGAUUAAUGGAAUCAGUAAUAAUUCCAAUAAAAAAAAAAGGGUUUCUUUAUAACAUCCCAGUAUUCUACCAUAGUUUUUUUAGAUAAGCAGAACCUGCAUCCUGUAAAAUUAAACUUUGUCCAAUUACUUCGGCUGAUGAAGGACUCCCGAGAAAUGAUUUUGGAA